GAACUCGUGAGCACAAUCAUGCCCUCUGUGGUCAGGAUCCAAUGUCUCGCAUCAGGAGCAUGGCGCUUCUGCAAAAGACAUAUGACAAUAGCUAUUUGAAAUGCUCGACGGCGGUUUACUACGAAAGCCAGGGAAACGAAGAAGAGGCCUUGCGGUGCUGGAGAAAUGCGCUAGAUGAGAUUGUACAUCAUCGUGUCACCAAGGUGUUAUCCAACUCCUCAUCAGAGUCCGAGACAGAGAGAGCCCUCAUCGAAUCUCUUCACGAACUUGAGCUUCAGUGUAGAGAGCGAAUUGAUCUUCUGGAGGUCUUGCAAUUAUCCCGACAAGAGCAACCCCAGUCCCGUGGCACCAGUCCCUCCGAUAGCAAUUUGUAUGGGCCAAGCAACCCCGCCAGUUCUUCUGCAGCGCAAGACAAAGGGUGGAUAGGCGAGGGUACCAUUCCUGCAGUGACAUACCCAGAACUGUCGCGGCCCGGACCAGCUAGAAGACCUCCACUUCCCCGCAGGAUAUCGUCUGAACGAGCUGUCGCAACCGCACGGGAAUCAGGUUCUCAGCUUGCAUUGCAUCAAAGUGUCUCGUCGCCCUUGGACACACCGUUGACCCCGCCGACGAUGGGAAGCACGAAGGAGAAGGGAUCCCGCCCUUCAAGUCCGGAGAAGCACACAAUGCGAACCACGCUCCGAUCAGCAAAGCCCGCGACGAGAAGUACGAAGGCCAAUCACGAUCCUAAUUGUACCCAGCGUCCUGGUGCGGGGAGGGCUGCGACUUUGGCUUGGCAUGCCUUGACGUCAAGAGGCCGCUUGCCUCGGGGAGAAGCCACUACAAUCGCUGCUGAAGCGUCCGCCUCUCGCCCUAGCACCCAGCCUCUUCCAGAUCGCGGCAGGAAACCUUCAGUGCCACCAUUAGUAGAGUGGGAUACCCACUCGAGGCGGCUGGUAUCUGCCACACGAAAUCUUGAUGGCCUCACCAUGCCGGUCCCACAAGCGACAAGGCAUUCCAGCGAUAGUCCUUAUGCCCGUUCGCCCAUUCUUUCUGUCAGUGCUGCGUCUAGCGCCCUCAGUUCCUUCUCUACACAGGAUGCGACUAGCUCAACUUCGAACGUGCUUGAAGUGGACAAACCAGCUCGUCCUAAGAUCCCAUCGCUCGGGCUUAAUUCGCUCUCUUUACCUCCCCACCUUGACGCCCCAAGAGCCUCAUCCGACCCUGGAAACUCGAGUAAGCACCGCAGAAAUCGCCUCAGCAGCGACGCAAGACGCAAGACAGUUGCGGAUUCUACAAUUUCUACAGCCCACGCGAGUAACAACAUCCGCACGAGCUCCGAAACACAGGAGAUACUCGAAGGCGAGACGUCAAGGCAUAGUCCUGGCGAGCUUCAAGUCGAACCGUCUGUGCUAAGUGAGUCAAAGAAAGGAACUAGGUUAACAUCGCACCGCAGUCGAAGCAAGAAAGGGAAGCGUAAAGAGCAUGCUCAUAUGGGCUCCAUCCGAGAAAGCCGAUCUGGCGAUCGGGGCGACGGCAACGGCGACGACAACGGCGACGACAACGAAAAUGACUCGACAAAAACUUCGUGGCAGAGGAGAAAGAUCGCUAUCCUAAAAAAUCUGCCGUCCGGGGUAGACGAAGUGGCAGCAAGCCAGAUCCUUAACGAGAUCGUAGUGGAGGGAGAUGAGGUACAUUGGGACGAUAUCUCAGGUCUUGAGAUAGCGAAGAAUGCGCUACGAGAGACAGUGGUAUACCCCUUUCUUCGACCAGACUUGUUCAUGGGACUUCGCGAGCCGGCUAGGGGUAUGCUGCUAUUUGGACCACCAGGUACUGGCAAGACUAUGCUAGCGAGGGCCGUCGCUACCGAAUCCCAGUCGACGUUUUUCUCUAUCUCGGCAAGCAGUUUAACCAGCAAGUAUCUUGGUGAAUCAGAGAAACUCGUACGAGCUCUCUUCGCUCUCGCAAAAGAACUUGCCCCCAGCAUUAUCUUUGUCGAUGAGAUCGAUUCUCUCUUGUCUCAGAGGUCAAGUACGGGCGAACAUGAAGCCACGCGGAGACUCAAGACGGAGUUCCUUAUCCAAUGGAGCGACCUGCAGCGUGCUGCGGCUGGGAGGUCUAUUGCCGGAGGAAAUGGACAAGGAGACCCGAAUCGCGUCCUUGUCCUGGCUGCCACGAACCUCCCUUGGGCCAUUGACGAAGCUGCGCGACGGCGAUUCGUGAGGCGUCAAUAUAUUCCACUUCCGGAGCCAGAAACAAGAUCCGCGCAGCUAAGAACGUUACUUGGGCAACAGAAGCAUACCCUAUCUGAGGCUCACAUCGCGAAAUUAGUUGACUUGACGGACGGUUUCUCUGGCUCGGAUAUAACUGCACUUGCAAAAGACGCCGCUAUGGGACCAUUGAGAUGCCUAGGCGACGCGUUGCUGCAUAUGACCAUGGACGAUAUACGGCCAAUUCAAUUGUCAGAUUUUGAAUCAAGCUUAUCCACCAUUCGACCAAGCGUCAGCAAGGCAGGCUUGAAGGAGUACGAGGAUUGGGCCACGGUGUUCGGCGAACGAGGCGGUUAAGCUAGUUUCUUGGAAGAAAUAGACAACGGGAGAUAUGUAACGCUUAUUACCUCUCGAUGGCGGAAAACUUUCAAAGUUCUUCGGUGUAGGGUGGUAACGGUCCUGGCGUCGGCGUUUGCAGCCGGAAAUUAAUGCAUCAAACUUCUAGAAGUACACUGAGAUAGAUUGAUUGUACAAAGGCGCAUCGAGUAGCGGCCAAUCGUCGUUCUCUGAUGAACCGUAGGCCGUCUCCUUCUCCCUCCCUCGUUCCAACAUGGAACUGCCCAGAACCCUGCAUCCAUCCACGUACAGCGGUGGUUAAAGAGCCCUCAGUUGGCACAUGAUCAUGGUAACGCGCAUUGUCUUGCACGCCAAGCCUCAGGACCUUGAAGCUACUAUGGUAGUAGCGUUUGCU